AUGAAACUAAGGGCUAGCAACGCUGGAAUCACGAGUACAUUUUUCCUGCUUUUCGCGCCGGUGCACUCGGCAGACGAGAGCCUACACUCCUCGAGUUGUCUACAAAAGCUGGGACAUCGUCUUGUAAUUCUCUCCGCUCUCAUCGUCUCCGCCCUUGCCUAUGGUACCGUUCACGCGGCUCCGUCCGCAGAGCGCUGCAGCGAGUCGUCCGUCGAGCCCGCAGUUAACAAGGCCCCGAACCUCAAUAUCUCCUACCCCGACUAUGACGCGAUCAUCGUCUGUAUCGCAGAGAACUGCAGGGGCACCUGCGAUAUUAUUGCCCUGAGCGGGCUCGAUCUCAACACCUGCUACUACCAAGCCAUCAACUUCGAGUCCAUCAUCCCCUACAGUCCCAAUGGUGGCACUUGGAAUCUCACCAUCUUCGCGGCACUCUCCGACUGUACCGAUCCCCUCAGCUCGCGCACUUGA